UCAGAUCGCUUCUUGUUGGUAUGUGUAGCGGCAGUGGCCGCCGACGGAGCAGUCUGAGCCCGACGAUGAGGCCGGGGACUGGAGCCGAGCGUGGAGGCCUCAUGGUGAGUGAAAUGGAGAGCCAACCUCCCUCGCGGGGUCCCGGGGACGGGGAGCGGAGAUUGUCCGGCUCAAACCUGUGCUCCAGUUCUUGGGUUUCUGCUGACGGCUUCCUGAGGAGACGGCCCUCGAUGGGGCAUCCUGGCAUGCAUUAUGCACCAAUGGGCAUGCACCCGAUGGGUCAGCGAGCAAACAUGCCUCCUGUACCUCACGGAAUGAUGCCACAGAUGAUGCCUCCUAUGGGAGGGCCUCCAAUGGGACAAAUGCCUGGAAUGAUGUCUUCAGUAAUGUCAGGAAUGAUGAUGUCUCAUAUGUCUCAGGCUUCCAUGCAACCUGCCUUACCGCCUGGAGUGAAUAGUAUGGAUGUAGCAGCAGGUGCAGCAUCUGGUGCGAAAUCAAUGUGGACAGAACAUAAAUCCCCUGAUGGAAGGACUUAUUACUAUAAUACUGAAACAAAACAGUCUACCUGGGAAAAGCCAGAUGAUCUUAAAACACCUGCUGAGCAACUAUUGUCUAAAUGCCCAUGGAAAGAGUACAAAUCUGAUUCUGGGAAGCCUUAUUACUAUAAUUCUCAAACAAAAGAGUCCCGAUGGGCCAAACCUAAGGAACUUGAAGAUCUUGAAGGAUACCAGAAUACCAUUGUUGCUGGAGGUCUUAUUACAAAAUCAAACCUGCAUGCCAUGAUCAAAGCAGAAGAAAGCAGCAAGCAAGAAGAAUGUACUACAACAUCAACAGCCCCAGUUCCUACGACAGAAAUUCCUACCACUAUGAGCACCAUGGCUGCUGCAGAAGCAGCAGCUGCUGUUGUCGCGGCUGCUGCAGCCGCUGCAGCAGCAGCUAAUGCCAAUACUUCCACCACACCUACUAAUACUGUGGGAAGUGUUCCAGUUGCUCCUGAACCUGAAGUUACUUCCAUUGUUGCUACUGCUGUUGAUAAUGAGAAUACAGUGACUGCAUCAGCUGAGGAGCAAGCACAGCUUGCUAAUACUACAGCUCUUCAAGACCUAAGUGGUGAUAUAUCCAGUAACACUGGAGAGGAACCACCUAAACAAGAAACUGUAACCGAUUUUACUCCUAAAAAAGAAGAGGAAGAGAGCCAACCAGCAAAAAAAACAUAUACUUGGAAUACAAAGGAGGAGGCAAAGCAAGCAUUUAAAGAAUUAUUGAAAGAAAAGCGGGUACCCUCCAAUGCUUCAUGGGAGCAAGCUAUGAAAAUGAUCAUAAAUGAUCCUCGGUACAGUGCUUUAGCAAAGCUGAGUGAGAAGAAGCAGGCAUUUAAUGCCUAUAAAGUCCAGACAGAGAAGGAGGAAAAAGAAGAAGCAAGAUCAAAAUACAAAGAAGCUAAGGAAUCCUUUCAGCGUUUUCUUGAAAAUCAUGAAAAAAUGACUUCCACAACCAGAUACAAAAAAGCUGAGCAGAUGUUUGGGGAGAUGGAAGUUUGGAAUGCAAUAUCAGAGCGUGAUCGUCUUGAAAUCUAUGAAGACGUUUUGUUCUUCCUUUCAAAGAAAGAAAAGGAACAAGCAAAGCAGUUACGAAAGAGAAAUUGGGAAGCCUUAAAAAACAUACUUGACAAUAUGGCUAAUGUUACAUACUCUACCACUUGGUCUGAAGCCCAGCAGUAUCUGAUGGAUAAUCCAACGUUCGCAGAGGAUGAAGAGUUACAGAACAUGGAUAAAGAAGAUGCAUUAAUAUGCUUUGAGGAACACAUCCGAGCUUUAGAAAAGGAAGAAGAAGAAGAAAAACAGAAGACUUUGUUGAGAGAAAGGAGGAGGCAGCGUAAAAAUAGGGAAUCUUUUCAGAUCUUUCUAGACGAGUUGCAUGAACACGGGCAGCUGCACUCUAUGUCCUCUUGGAUGGAGCUGUAUCCGACCAUUAGCUCUGACAUUCGAUUCACUAAUAUGCUGGGUCAGCCUGUUUUUUCAUUAGGAUCAACUGCACUUGAUCUUUUCAAGUUUUAUGUUGAAGAUCUUAAAGCACGAUAUCAUGAUGAAAAAAAGAUAAUAAAAGACAUUCUGAAGGAUAAAGGAUUUGUAGUUGAAGUAAACACUACUUUUGAAGAUUUUGUGGCAAUAAUCAGUUCAACCAAAAGAUCAACCACUUUGGAUGCUGGAAAUAUCAAGUUGGCUUUCAAUAGUUUACUAGAAAAGGCAGAAGCCCGUGAACGUGAGAGAGAAAAGGAAGAAGCUCGGAAAAUGAAACGAAAAGAGUCUGCCUUUAAGAGUAUGUUGAAACAGGCCACUCCUCCAAUAGAACUGGAUGCUGUCUGGGAAGAGAUCCGGGAAAGAUUUGUGAAGGAACCAGCAUUUGAGGAUAUAACUCUAGAAUCUGAAAGAAAAAGAAUAUUUAAAGAUUUCAUGCAUGUGCUUGAGCAUGAAUGUCAGCAUCAUCAUUCAAAGAACAAGAAACAUUCUAAGAAAUCUAAAAAACACCAUAGGAAACGCUCCCGCUCUCGAUCGGGAUCAGAUUCAGAUGAUGAUGACAGCCAUUCAAAGAAAAAAAGACAGAGAUCAGAAUCCCAUUCUGCUUCAGAACAUUCUUCUAGUGCUGAGUCUGAGAGAAGUUACAAGAAAUCAAAAAAGCAUAAGAAGAAAAGCAAAAAGAGGAGACAUAAAUCUGACUCUCCAGAAUCAGAUACUGAACGAGAGAAGGAUAAAAAAGAAAAAGAUCGGGAAAGUGAAAAAGACAGAAGUAGGCAGAGAUCAGAAUCAAAACACAAAUCACCUAAGAAAAAGACUGGAAAGGAUUCUGGUAACUGGGAUACUUCUGGCAGUGAACUGAGUGAAGGGGAAUUAGAAAAGCGCAGAAGAACCCUUUUGGAGCAACUGGACGAUGAUCAAUAAAUUAUACCAAAUAUAUGUUUAUAGUAUGAUUUAAAGUCUAAUUCAGACCAGGGAUUAUUUUAAGUCCAAUUUACAUAACACUGGGUUUUAAUUGUGUCACAGGAAAAAAGUGCAUUUAUGUAUUGUUAUUGUGGACUUUAUAAAAGCAAAGGAGAUUGAAAAUAACUUGAUUCUGUCUCAAGAAUCAUAUUUUCCUAUGGUAAUAACUGUCUCUCUGUGACCCUUUCAUAGGGCACUACAGGAUGGAUUAAAAGUGGCAAUUGAAUGAUAGCCGCAGACGUCUCCACUUUGUUCUAAGUCAUGAGGUGAUCUGAUUUCCUUUAUACAAGUUGGAUUUUGAAGAUACAAUGACAAUUUUUUGAUAAUGUAGUACAAAAAAAGCACCAGCAACCUAUGAGAAGACUGCUUUUUUGUGCACUACUGAACUGGUUAAAGCCAAUGUGAACUUUUCUGGUGAGCUCUUAAGAAAUAGGUGUUUUUGAUGGAAACUGGGUAGACCUCUAACGUAGUGGUGCUAAUGAGCACUGCUGUAAUAAAGACACCAUUAUUUUUUAUGAAACAUCUGAACAUUUUAAAAAGGCUUAUGAGGGCAUUAUUUUGGGCAUCUAUUUUGAGGUGAUGUUUUAAAAUAGCUAACAUCAAGUCAAAUUGUAAAUUAGUUUAAAUAUAUUGCCUUAAGGACCUACUAAAGAAUGUGCCACCAAACUUUUGAGUAAUAGUUGAAAUAUCCUUGUCGGGGGCGGGAAAUCAAUGUUGACUUAAACAUUUUCUUUUAAUUUUUAAUCCAAUCUUUCUCUUUCACUUUUUUUUAAUUCCAUUGAGGAGGUUGUAAAUUACCUUCCUUACUCACUGAGAAGUAUUGACUUCAUGGUACACAUUCUAAAGCAUUUCUGAUUUCAAUAUUUUUGUACAUUUUUAUCUAUUAUUAAACCUUCUCUUGUAGUGUGCACUAGUGUUUAUUUCUAUAUAAGCUGCUCAGCUCUAAGGAAAUUGUAUGAUCAUUUUCAAGAUAAUAAAUCCCUGAAAUUUUGUUUCAUCCUACCCAUGGUAGCUACAUUACUUUUUUUUUUUUAAUAUUUAUGAACAGCAUAAAUCAGUGCAUUUGAGAUUCUUAAACGUGUUUUCACCUUUAAAUUUCCUAUGGAAUAUUUUAGAAAGGCAGUGACUAUUUUAGAAAAGCAGUGGCUUAAACUCACAAUAACUUUCCAUGCUAACUUAAGGGUUAGUACUGUGAUUUAUGCUGUUGCCUUCAGUGCAGGAGGUUUUUGUUUCUUAUGUAAAGUUUACCAGUUGGUCUUUGGUAUUUUUGUUAUUUUAAUUUGGACAUGCUGAAAUUAUCUCUUUCAAUUUGAGAUUUACAUAGAAUAUAAAUUAUUUUGUUGCCCUUUAAAUGAGUUAAGACAGAUCAAUACAACCCUUUUUCCAUCCUGCCCAGUGUUUUGAUUAAAUAUUUGUUUUGAAACUCAAAAAGAGAUAUACUUUGUUUCUAAACUUCUCAUUGCCAAGUCAUUUUAUGCUGAGAAAUAAUCUUUAAGAAAACAUUAUAUAAUCAAAUUACUUACUUGAGAUGAGUCCCCUCAUUGUAUGUUACUCAGAAUACCUAACAACUGGCCACAGAAUUUCCUUGAAUUUAAUUUUCAGAGGUCCUCAUUUUGCAAUAGUCAGGAUUGCUGAUCAGUCCCAGUACUUGACAUGGAGGUCAGAGAUAGUCUUUAAAUCAUGCUUAUGAUUUUGGUAAACAAACCAGUAAUGUUUCAUAAGAGAAAUUAGAAUCUGUAAAAUAUGUUUUAAUUCCAUGAAUAAUGAUUUUUAAAGUACAACAUUAAAUUUUUGAUACAUUUGAAUAAAAAACUAUUGAUGUUUUAGCAUGUCCUCAAAACAGGUUUCUGUGCUUCUUAUAAUUUCUUCACAUCUUCAAAUUCUUAUAAAACAUGAUCAGUUAAAAUAUUCCUGCAGUAGACCUAUGCAAACCAGACACAGCAAAAGACAUAAAGCGAUUCUCUUAUUAAACAGCUUUUUUGUUUGUUUUCGUUUUGCUUUUUGAAAAUAGGGCUUCUGUGUAGCAGCAGCUGUCCUGGAACUCUGUAGGCCAUCAGGCCUCCAACGCAGAGAUCCCCCUGCCUCUGCCUCUUUUUGUAAAUGUUACUGUGAACAGAUCAAUAUCAUAACAGAACCCUAUUGGUUUAAAUAGAAGUUUUAUAUCAGUGUGUUGAAUUUUGACUUUAGGUACCUGAAAAUGUAAUAUCCUUGCUAUAAAACCUGUAAACCAAGUGUAUUCCAUUGUCUUGUUUUAAUUAUACCAUCAGACACACUCCAGUUGUUAGGUCAGGGUCAGUGUGAAGCCACAGGUGAUACGACAGUCCUGAAUCUCUGGAUCUUUUAAAUCCAGUAGAUCGUCUUUCCAAAUCUUCAGUUUGGCAAAGGCUGACGUAUCUGAAUGCUUGUUCUUCUAGAGUUGCUCAGAUAGCCAAGCAAUUAACAAGUUUAUCUUAGUUAAGACCGGGAGUCUAAUACUCUAAGCAUAUUGUCCUCACUCAGCAUGGCUGAUACUAAUCAAACUCGCUAAUGUAGUGAUCAGGCAAAAUCAUGACCUCAGAUACUUACUGUUCUUACUUUCUCUUAUUUUAUCACUUCCAUGUUGGGAAAACUUGUAUUUGUAAGAGAAGUUAGUAUGGCCAAUUGCAUGUGGAUUAUUUGCCCUCUUCUCAAAUUAGUUUAAAUAGUGUGACGGGAACAUAGAUUUUUUUUGUUUCUUUGUUUCAACAUUUAAAACUUGCAGCUUCAUCUUUGCACUUUCUUAAGUGGGCCUGGUGUAUGGCUAGAAAACGGAAAGGACGCACCGGAGUAAGGUGACUCAUACGGAGCAGUAACCAAAAGCCCAUGCGUUUCUUGUAAGCUGCAGUUUGAGGCUGAAGUGCGCUGCUUUCAUUCAUGUAUAUGCUUAACUAAGCAUUUGCUGAAUGCCCCUGCUUUUGUUCCAGUUGACUAAGAGUUCAGUAGACAUUUGGCAUCCAGAGGAGAAAAAUUAGACUUAAGUAUUCUAAUCAGAUAAUACAUAGCAAAGUUAUGAAGAAUGCUUUAAUUUAUGCUUAUAGAAUUUUAACAUAAGAUAAUUAAACAAAUAUGAAUUUGUAAAGUUUUGAAACAAUCUAAUAGACACAAAAACAAACUAGAUUAACUUAAAUAUAUUUUUUCCUUGGGGGAAAUUUUUAAUUUAACCUACCUUUCUCCCCUAGGUUAAAUACACUUACUAUAUUUACAAAAAAAGGAAAAGAAAAAUGAUGCUGUGAUCCUCCCCCGCCCCCCAUGGACCUAUAAGAGUCUUACGGUUUCAUUUUAUGUUUCUGCUAAUGACAUGUACAUGCAUGUCUUGAUUAGGACUCUGACUGCACUUAACAGGUGUAAAAUGUCAGUUGACAUAUGAAGUCAUAUGUAUCCCAUCAUCCAUAGCAAAGGGCUCAAAGAGGCAUCAUUGCAAUCAAAGCAUACCACUGAGAGAGGCCUCAUGCAUAAAGUACACUUGCAGGAAAGUCUAGUGACUGUAACAGGGCAUGUUGAAAGCUUAAUGAGUAAAUUCAUACUUGUAAGAUAAACAACAACAA